AUGGAAAUGACUGCAAAAGAAUAUGUAAAUAUUGAUAAUAAUAAUAUUCAACUCUGGGAAGAACCAACUGAUGAGACAAUUAUACAGAAAGUCUUAAUAUUAAUGGAGGAAGGAAUGCAAGGUGAAACUAUUCCAAGCAGUGAUGAUGAUGAAAAAGAAGAGGAAAGAUCCAUUAUCACUUAUAAAGAAG